UAUAAUAUCAAUGAAGAAAUAAAAUUAGUUCGACAUGUCGUCAUUUACACAGCUAACUCGCUUUAGUAAUUAUAUUACUGGUAGCUACAAAGCUCUUGUUCACGGAAGAGGCCAUUGGUUCGCACCACAAAUAUGUAAUUAUACCAGGAAGUCAGCUGAAGAAAGGUUGGGCAUAGACAAACCAAAGCGGCCAUUGACACCAUUCUUCAAAUUCAUGACUCAGAUGAGACCGGCACUGCUUGCUAAGAAUCCCGGGAUCACUUCAAAAGAGGCGAUAGCAUGGACCUCAAAGCACUGGCAACAACUUGAUUCUGAGACCAAGGCACAAAUGUUGAAAGAGUAUGAAAAAGAUAUGGAGGAUUACAAAAAAAUUAAAGAUAUCUAUGAGUCUUCAUUAACUGAAGAACAAAAAGCAGAUAUCAAGAAGCUGAGGGAAGAAAUGGCCGUGGCACGGGAGAAGAGAAAAUUAAAAGCUGAUUUUAAAGAAUUAGGUCGUCCAAAAAAGCCAAUGUCAUCUUAUUUUCUUUAUGUACAGUCAAGAAAAGAAACAUUUCAGGGGAAAAAUAUAAAAGAGUAUCAACUAAAAAUGAAAGAAGAGUGGCUAAAACUGGCUGAAAGUGAAAAGGCCAAAUAUGAAAAGCAGGCUCUGGAACUUAUGAAUAAGUACAAAAAAGAUAUAGAAGCUUGGGAAUUAAAAAUGAUCACAAUUGGGCGGACGGAUGUGGUACGCGCGAAGCCUGUAAGGGACAAGAAAUCAAAGAGUAUAGAUAAAAAACAAUAGGAAUUCGGGUGCUCUGACAGCUCAACUGACUUGAAUAUUACACACACAAAACUUAGUAAUAAGAAUAAUGAUUUUGUACAAAGUAAACCUAAAAAUGAAAGGUGUAGUUCCACUAGUCCAGAAAUAAAACUUAAUAUAAGUAGUAAAACUGUCACUAGAUCUGAUAGUGAUAAUAAGAAAAAAGAGUCAGAAGAAUGUCAGAGCACGGGUGAAAAGGAUGGAAUUCAAACAAAAAGGACUGAGCUACACACUCCUACUUUAGAUAAAAGUAAACAAAGUAAGACAAUAAUGAAUACUAUAAAAAGUUUCUUUACAAAGUUUUAGUUUGUCAGUAUUUCACUUUACUAGAUCUUGUUAUUUUUUUAUUUGACAUUUUGAUUUGUUUAUGCAUUUUAUUGUGUCAUAGUCUUUAGUUAUUCAGUAGUAAACUUAUUAUAAUAUAAUUUUUUGUUUUAUUUAGUAUCAUUUCAUUAUACUUUUCGUUUAUAUACCUUUUUGUCUGCUUUGUUUAAUUAGUUACUUUAGGAGUUCAACUCAUAUGUAAAAAUAUAUUCAUAG